AUGUCAAGCAUUUUAAGGCCAUGGGAAGCAAUUGGUGAAGCAGGGAAAGUGUUUUGGGAACGUCUCAGCAAGAAACAUAACAACUGGGCAGAAAUGUUUGACCCAUUUUGUUGACGACGGUUUGACCCGACGGCGGGGUGAGAGCCCGCGAAAAGUUCGUGGCGGUGCAGAGAGUCGCUGAUUUGGCAUCGAUCCGCCAUUCUUGGGUUGUUCCUUUGCCGUGGUCGGUUGUCUACUUCUUCUGUCUCCCUUGUGAAGGUUUUAUCCUUCUUUCCCGUUUCAAAGCUUUUUUUUUUUUGAACUUUUAAAGCCUAAGGGGCCUCAAGAGCUCGUUCAAAGUUAACUAAGGCUUCCUGACUGAAGAUUGAGGCAAUUGUGGUUUUUUCCACUUUUCCCUUUCAAAGCUUUUGACAUCAAGUUUCAACUUCUCAGUCUAUCGAAAACUUCUUAUGCAACAAAAAAAACCGUUUUUCUCACCUUCACAUUCCUUCAAGUCGUGUUUUUGCUCGUCUCUUGUUCUGAUUUCCUUUAUUAUCAGUCAUUUUUCAGCUCUCGCCCCGUCCCAACACUCUGAAAUGGACAACGAUUCUAGCGACGUCGCCGCCGACUACAAGCUCCCCGCUCAGAAGACCAUCGAUGAGCUCCUCAACGCCGAUGCGGUGAGGAGACUCAGUCUAGCAAAAGAAAAAACUGAAAAUUGGCCAAUUUUGCUUUGUGUCUUCAAAAAAAAAUCUGCAGUUUUUUCAAAAUUUCUGCAUUUUGACCUUCCUCCCGUGCCUUUCCAAGCUCCAUUUCACCAGUACCUACUCAAAAAAUCCCAACUUUUUCAGGGCGACGAGAGCCUGGAGAAGUACAAGCGAACGCUUCUCGGAAGCCAGCCGACGGAGAUCGUGGUCAACCCCAACGACACUCGCACCGUCUUGGUCCAAUCCGUCGAGCUGAUCGUCGAGGGACGUGACCCCAUCAAGAUGGAUCUCUCUAGCCCGGGUGAGGAUCAAUAUUCCUGGAGACUUGCCGCAACACGGCGUCGCGAAGCGGUCGGCGAGAGAGUGCCACUCUCUACACUCUUGAAAUAACGCGCAUAAACCGCUUCGCUUGGCGACCAAGCAUGUGCCCCCUCAGUAUAAAUUAUUUUUUUUUUUUGCUUUAAGAGAUAAGUUAUAAUUUUUGAAAAUGUUAAAAAUGUUCAAAAACACAUUUUUUUCCACCCAGAUGAGUGUCAAGUGUUUAUGAUAUGAUUGUUUGUUUGAAGAAAAGCUCUCGGAUCUGGUGUUCAACGUGAAGGAGGGCGCCACUUAUCGUCUCAAGUUCUCUUUCUACGUUCAACGCGAAAUCGUUUCGGGACUCAAGUGAGUAGUGAGGAAUAGUGGAACCAAGUAAAAUCUUUAAUUACAGGUACGCUCACAAGGUGAAACGCGCCGCGAUUACCGUCGACUCGGACAAAUACAUGAUGGGCAGCUACGCGCCCAAGAACGAGCUCCAGUUCUACAUGUCGCCUCCAGAAGAAGCUCCAUCUGGUUGGUUUUUGAUGAAUAAAAGUUCGAAAAUGAAGGUUCCUUCAAGACGAAAAAUGAUCAUUAAAUGUGUUGCCUCUAAUUUUCGAACCAACCGGCAAGUUUUCCCGGUCAUCAAAUACCAUGGAACCAUUCAAGAGUUCUUGGAGCAAUCUUAGUGAUCCCUUAAAGGACCAGCAAGAUUCAAAGCUUCAAACAUAUUUUGUGAUUUUUAAAUAUUCACCACAAAACCAAAAAAGAAAAUCUUAAAAUAUCUUCAGAAAAUUUCAGAAAACCAAUCUUUUGCAGGUGCUCUCCACCGCGGCAAGUACAAGGUGCACUCGAAGAUCUCGGACGACGACGACAAAGUCUACCUUCAGUGGGACUGGAUCAUGAACUUCGGCAAGGACUGGUAG